AUGGCUUGUGAACCGGAAGCCAUUGGCUUGGCCUCUAGCGCGACAAUUCCAGACAACAGCUUCUCUGCCUCAUCGUAUUAUGACGAUAGGUAUAAACCCUCUUUUGGUCGAUUGAAUGGAGCUAAUCGGGGUUGGGCACCCAAGACUACGACCAAUUCUGCUGACUUCUUACAAAUUGACCUAGUGUUUGAGUACGUUAUCUGUGCUGUAGCCACCCAAGGAGCUCAUGGUAUAGACGAGAGGACAACAAACUACAAGAUUCAGUUAUCAAUGGAUGGUAUCACUACUAUUACGUACCAAGAAAGCAAUGUUGAAAAGGUCUUUUCUGGAAACUCAAAUCGAAAUGGCAUCAUUAAAAACAGUCUUCAAGAAUUUGCAAGUGCAAAGUUUAUCCGCUUUUGGCCAACAGCAUAUAAAAGUUGGAAGGUUCUGAGAGUGGAAGUUUAUGGAGUACUUCUAACUAAAGUUCCGUCACAACCUCCUACUGCCUUCAAUUUGACUGCAAGCUCUUCUACCAGUAUUACAGCUUCCUGGCAGCUACCACCAGUCUUUGCCAGGCAUGGAAGAAACAUUACAGGGUUUAAACUGUUUUACAGAGAGAGGUGCUUUUCCGGGUCUUUUUCCUUCUUAAAUAUUACCAGUGAAUCGACAUUAAGCAGACUUGUGACUGGGCUCCAAAAGUACACAGAAUAUGAAUUUCAAGUCCUGGCAUAUACUUCUGAUGGUGAUGGACCGAAGAGCCCUGUCGAGGUGGAGAGAACACAGGGAGAUGGUUGUGUUCAGGAUGAUCUUGGAAUGGAGGGUAGAAACAUUCCAGAUAGUAGGAUAACUGCUUCUUCUUCCAGGACACCAGCCGAGAAUGGUCGACUAAACUAUGUAUUAGGAGCGCCAUGGUGUGCAGAAACAAAUGACACUAGCCCAUAUCUACAGAUUGAUCUACAGACAGUUCAUGUAAUCUGUGCUGUGUCCACACAAGGGAAUUCUCUGGCAGAUCAGUGGGUGAAGAACUAUACACUACAAAUAUCCACGGAUGGGACAACUUGGACGGAAUACAUGGAAGGUGGACAAGUCAAGUUUAUGAGGGGAAAUAAUGACAGGAACUCAGAAGUAAAGCAUGUUGUUUAUGGAGUGUUCACAAGAUAUCUGCGUUUCCUGCCACAAAUACACCAGAGUGGGGUGUGUAUGAGAACAGAGGUGUUUGGAGUGGAACAAAAGCCAAGAUGUUCUAUGCAAGCCAUUGGUGUAGCCAGCAGUGACACCAUUCCAGACAGCAGCUUUUCAGCCUCAUCAGAAUACAAUUCAGGAUUUGCAGCUAAAUACGGUCGCCUAAAUGAUGCAACAUCAUGGGUACCCAGUGGCAACAAUAAUGCUAAUGAUUACCUUCAAAUUGACCUGCUGUUUGAGUAUGUCAUCUGUGCUGUAGCUACACAGGGAAAUCCAAGGUUUAGUGAGUGGACAACAAAGUACAAGUUACGGUUAGCACUUGAAGAUCCCAAGUUUGUCACCUAUCAGGAAAACAGUACUGAUAAGGUCUUUGCUGGAAACUCCGAUCGAAAUAGUGUUGUAAAAAACAGUCUUCAGGAUUUUGCAAGUGCAAAGUUUAUCCGCUUUCAGCCCAUAGCAUAUCGUGGCUAUAAAAGUCUGAGAGUUGAAGUUUAUGGAAUACUUCUAACUAAAGUUCCAAUACAACCUCCCACUGCCUUCAAUUUGACUGCGAGCUCUUCUACCAGCAUUACAGCUUCCUGGCAGUUACCACCAAUCUUUGCCAGGCACGGAAGAAACAUUACAGGGUUUAAACUGUUUUACAGAAAGAAGGACUUAGCAGGGUGUUUUUCCUUCUUGAAUAUUACCAGUGGAUCGACAUUAAGCAGACAUGUUACUGGGCUCGAAAAGUACACAGAAUAUAUAUUUCAAGUGUUGGCCUACACAUCUGAGGGUGAUGGACCAAAAGGUUCUGUUGAAGUGGAAAGAACAAUGGAAGGUG